AAAUUUUGGCGUACAGAGAGACAUGGGAGUGGUGAUUAUCGACGGCUCCACCGUUCGAAACUUCGUGAAUGACGAAGAUCUGUUCAACAAGGCAAUAGAAGAGAGGUUCUCGAAGUUGGACCUCAACGACGACGGCGUUCUGUCGCGGUCUGAGCUGCGGAAGGCGUUCGAGUCGCUUCGUCUCCUAGAGGCUCACUUCGGCGUCGAUGUCGCCACGCCGCCGGAGGAACUAACCAAGCUCUAUGACUCGAUUUUUGAAAAGUUUGAUUCAGACCACAGCGGGAGCAUCGACCGCGCCGAGUUCAAGAGCGAGGUGAAGAAGAUCGCGCUGGCUAUAGCCGACGGUCUCGGCUCGGCUCCGAUACAGAUGGUGCUUGAUGAGAGUGAGGGUGAUAAGAACUUGUUUCAGCAAGCCGCGGACAAAGAAGCUUCUCAGAUCUCCGGUUGAGACCCGGCCCACUGCCAACUCCGGAUUCAGUCAAUCACUAAUUGCAACCAUCAGUAUUGUCUCAACAAAUGCGAUCUCUGACAUCUUUGGAAUCAAAGCAAGCCUUCAAAGUUGCAUUAUACUCCACUUCAUAAAAGUAAAUCAUUUAGUUUCUGAUUAUUAUUGUUAUUGUUGUUAUUAUAAUGAUGAUAUACUGUUAUACUUUGUGUAGUUUAGAUUUUAUGGAUUUAUAAGCUUGUAAUAUUGUUUUGGUGUUUAAUAGCUGAUUGAGUCGUAGAACUCUAAAGUUGAAAUUGUAGCUGCUCAAACACAUUUUAAUUGCAUUCGCAACCCCAACUACUGCAAGUGAGGUUAAGAAUUCUUAAUUUCCUAUGGAGUUGUGCUCUCAUACAAGCACUGUCAUUCAA